CAGCAAGAUGAUGAAACUGAUCAAGUUAUUUCUGUUUCUGAGUUUGUGUUUGUUUACAUGUGGUGUGGUUUCAGUAGAAGGAGCCACAGAGAACCAGACUCUGUGUGUUUCUCCCAACAAUGUGUUUCAUGCCAGAGUGAAUUUGUAUGCAGGAGAGCUUGGUUACUAUGUGUUUGAAGAGUGUGGGCUGGACAAUGUGAAUCCCACCAUUGCAGUGGAAUUGGGAGAGACAUACACAUUUGUCCAAACACACAGGAGCAAUUACUUUCAUCCCAUUGGAUUUGCUUACUCGCCCUAUGGAGAUGAAGAACUCAAAAUUGAAGUGGAGCCAGGAACUUCCAGGGGAAAUCAAUCCUGCAUCCAAGACUACACUUGUCAUGCGCCCAUGUACUUUAUCAAUGAUGAGUAUGUGGGACACUACAGCAACAAUCCUGACAUCAAAAACAUCACUCACCAUGAAGAAGAUUUCGGACUCGAUGUCUAUGAACCUCUCUUUAUGAGAAAUCCACAUGAAUGGGCACAGUUUGGAAAUUUCACUAUCAAAUUGAGAGUCGAUGAUCCAGAUAUCACUUCAGACAUGUUCAUAUUCUGCCACAUUCAUGAAUGGAUGGCAGGAAGAAUCAAGGUCACAAAAAAUGGAAUUCCAAUCAUCAAAAAAGAUGUUCCAACUUUGGGAUUCGAAUUCGACUACAAUACACCUCUGCUUUCGGACUUUGACAAGGAAUGCGGAACCUUUGCUCUUGGACAAUACCAAACUCCGGAUAAUCCACACUGUCCAGAUCACUUUGUUUGUGACAAGGACGAUCCAAUGGUCACACCUGAAAUGGCACACUUUGGAUCAUGUAUUGACGCCAUGAAUUGUGCCAUGCUCACUGGAAUGACUACGGGAAUCAAGGCCCAGGACGAACGAGCACUCUUCAUUCAUCAAAUGAUACCACAUCAUCAAAAUGCCGUAAAUAUGGCAAAGGCCCUGCUCAAAACGGAAAAGAUUCACUGUGCGGAUUUGGCCAAUGAUGAAGACCCGGAUUGCAUCCUAGAAGGCAUUCUAUACGAAAUCGUAAACACACAAAACCUACAAAUUCAAGCCAUGUUCGACUACUUGGACGCAAAGCGAUUUCCAGAAGCCGACAAUUGCGAGGUCCCGCUAGACAAGGUCUCCGACACUCUGGCUGAAAGUGCUGGUGCCGCCACCUUGCAAAUGCCAACCUACAUCUACUUGCAGCACGUCACCAGGAAUUGGCUCACGGGGUGGAAGGCUCUCGGAGUCGUUGUAGCCACCACGACGGUCUUGCUCAUGUCGGUGGCUGCUCUCGUGCCACAGUUCUAGUACCGGUAGCAGUGGGCUGUCCAAGCAACGAUCGACAAUGACAUCAAUCAAAUUAUCAAUACAUCAAUACAUGUAGGGAAGGAAACGACUGGGGAUGAGUCAGACUGCCAUACUCGGUACACUCUCACGCUCGAAUGCAUCGCUUUUUAUUAAUCAAUUCAAAUCCAUUUUUCAGAACUCAAACAACAACACAACAAUUAUAAGCGGUGCUACCGUAUCGUUACAUGUACCGUUAUCUACGCUGUGUACGUAGCGCCAAACCGAAAAGGCAAAUGGCCUUUCGUGUACCGGUAGCUUGCUUUGCUGCAACCUGAAAGAGCCGCGAUGCACACCAUGAAAACGAGCCAUGCAUAGCUUUCGUCUGGUAAAACGUUCAGGAUUGACCUUGGUUCGUGCGUUCGGGAGAAAAGGAAACGUCGUGGCUACCCCAACCAGGGGACGACACCACAGGGGUUGCGACGAUCGAUCUCUAAUCGUUUCCAUCCAUGCAUUGCACCACCCAGGCACAGCGGACAUGUCUCCGAACUACUCAUUGUGUCUGCGAGACAAUUGGAUCUGGAAUGCUGGUUGCCGAAAAGUUUUCGUGGUGCACAUCCAUGGCCAUGGCCCUAAUUUGCGCUUCGAUUUGGGGUGGCAAAGCUGGCAAAACUAGUUUCUUUGUUCGGGAUGGACCUCUUUGUCUGGUUUGCUUGUGUGGACUGCCAAAGUAAACGCUUUUUUGGGACGCAAAUCGUUUGCAGGCCGACUGGUAUACAAACGCAGUGUAGUAAGGAAGAAGAGCCGGAGAUGCUCGAAUGAGCUUGUCGGUUACGUGGAUGGUGUAAGCGGAUGCUGGCGUGUUGGCGUCACUGUCGUCAUCGUGUUCGCUUUCACCGUCACUGUCGCUGUCUGCUGAGUUUGUCUCUUUCAGAGAAUGAUGUUUAUUUUCGUGUUCGUGCUGUGUCCUAAGGUAGGUUGCAAAGUCAAAGAUGGGAUAUACUUGGCAGAGCGCAUGCAGUCCUUCAAUGGCUUCUCGAGCAGCCGUGACGACAGAAUACACAUUCUUGGAUGGUAAGUCGAACAUGGGAAUGAUGAUGUUUGGGUUGUUUUGGUAGAAAAGAGUGGGGUUGUUGGGGGAGUUUGUGAUGUACCACAUGUCUGCUUGAGUGAUUCGGGCUCCGUGUUGAAUGAGUAUUUCGGCAAUGUCAGCGAGGAGUUGAUGGUAGCACUGAUGUGUGAUACCCAAUUUGAAGAAAUCAUGGCAGAUAUGCGAGAGUGGCUGAGUUGGCUGGUGAGGCCGUUCCUCCUUGAGAGGAUCAAAAGGAGGGCAGAGGAAGGGAGUUCCGUCCGGAUGCCAGCAAUGAUGCACGAGUUUGGUAGUUUCAUCGUGCCAGCAGAGCUGCUCUGUGAAGUUUGGGUCUGCGCCUUGUUGAAGCAAAGCAUAAAUGGCUUUCAUGUCAUGAAUGGUAAUGGCCUUCAGAAGGUCCUUUCCCAAGCUACUAGAUUGAUCCAUGCGGUUUUUGAGAUACCGCGCCGUAACAAGAGCAAACCGUACGUCAGGUUCAUCAGACAUACGAGCAACAAUCUUAGCACAACUACUAGUACCAGUACUGGUGCCACCGGUAAGUGCUAAGGCCUUGUUGGGAUGAACCACGUCAAUUGAAGCAUCGAAGACAAGAUCACUAAUGGCAUUACUAUGCACAUCCGUACCGAAUCCAGUAGCAGCAUUGCGAACAUUGUUUAUAUCGUCGUGGUCGUGCUGCUGGUAGUGAUACCCUUCACCUACCACGGGCAUGAGUUGUCCACAGGGGAUGCAGCGAAUGCGAAGAGAAGCCUUCAUACUGCUGUUCAUGCUCAUGUUGCGAUUGACAUUGUCUGUCAUUUUUGUUAGCGUUGCCGUUGCUGGCUGCUUGAAGACUUGUGAAGGCCAUUGCCUCCAUGGAAUCGACGGAUCAGGCAAAGAUAAGACUGAAACGGAACAAA